CGGGGCCUAAAGUUCGAAUGGGAGCGGAUCAAAAAGACCCAGGAAAAGAUGAUGAUCAACCAGAUCUGAGCAUGAUGGAUUUCCGGAUUCUGGUAAUCAGAGGUUUACAUGGUGGAAGGAGCUACAAGAUUACCCCCACAGCUGCUGCACCUCAAAUAUCAGGAUUGAAUCUGUCUUUGGGACACUUCCCAGUCAAAGUUGACAAACGGUGUACUUGUAAAGUUCACCUGCAGCAAGUGUUGACUUCAUACAAGUGUGGACUGUGUGGAGUCCACAUGUGCCCCAGCCCUUGUUUUGAGAAGUACCACACCCUCCAAGACUAUUUGUAUGAUGACCCUGAAUAUGGAGCAGCAACCCAACUUCUGAAACCUCAGAAUCCUGGCAGGCCUUUUGCAAGAGGAAGACCUAGGCAGAUGAGGCAGUGAACUCUCCUAGAAGUAGCGGAACAUUGACCAUUGGUUGUCAAAAACUGUUCACUUAUUGCUGUUGUUGUGACACACCAUUGCCAACAGCAUACUGACAUUGUAGCACUGGUAUGUCCAACUCCAUGCUUAUAAGAGAUAUUAUUUGGUGUUUCCUUGUUCAAAAAAUUAUGU